AUGGCAGUACUUGAGGAUGCAGAGAGAAAGAAUGUGCAGGAGAAGGACAAACAAACAGAAGAUUGGUUGCGGAAGCUGAAAGAUGUGGCGUACGAGGUUCGAGACAUCAUGGAUGAGUGCACCUUUGAAGAUCUUCGUCUUCAAGUCAACAGGCGUAAUGCCUCCUCUUCAACCCUGAUCCAGGUAACCAACUCAAUAACCCAUCCUUUUAGCAGUACUUGGACACGUCUAAAAGUUGGUCACAAAAUUAAGGAUGUUCAAGAGAAGCUUGACCAAAUUUCUUUAGAGCGUCAAACGUUACAUUUGCGUGAAUCUAUUCAUGCCUCAAAAAGAGACAAGCUUACUAGUAGAUGGCGUGAAAACAUGUCUCUUUCUAGUUGUAAUCAAGUAUAUGGGAGAGAUAAGGAGAAGAAACAGAUUAUUGAUAUUCUGGUCAAUAAUACAUCUAGUGCUUGUGCUGAUAAAAAACCAUAUGUUCUACCCAUUGUUGGAAUAGGGGGUCUUGGUAAAACAACACUUGCCCAAAUGGUCUUCAACGACGAGGAGAUUACUAAGUAUUUUGAAACUAAAAUCUGGGUUUGUGUUUCAGAUGAUUUUGAUAUUAAAUUGGUGAUCAAAGCUAUCAUAGGAGCAACAAAUGAAACUUCCUUAGAGAUAUUGCAGAAAAUGAUUCAAGAUAGAUUGAAAGGGAAAAGAUAUUUGAUUGUAUUGGAUGAUGUUUGGAAUGAAAAUGUUGAUGCAUGGGAUCAGUUGAGAUCUAUCUUGGAUUGUGGAUCAAAUGGUGCAUUUAUCCUUACCACGACACGGAAAAAAAAAUGUGGCAAAAAUUAUGGAAACGAUUCAACAUUUUCAGAUAUCAUCGCUCUCUAA